CGCUUUCUCCUUUUUAUUUCAGUUUCUAUUGUUUCAAGAAGGAAACAGAGGGUCCCUUGCUCUCCCUCCCUCCAUGGCCACCGCAAAGCAAAAAAGAGGAACUUCCGAUUCCUUACUCCCACCACGGCCAAUGGUCGAAACCCCGGGGUUCGACGGCCUCCAGAUCGGCGAGAGGACACCGAAACGUACUCGUACCGUGAAUCGGAAGUGCUAUGCGACGCGUGGAAGAGGCAACGUUCAGGGGUGUGGUGACCGAGGUGGCAUGCGCGGUGGUUGGCAUGCGUGGGGUGAGCGGCAGCUGAAGAAAGAGGCUAGGGUUGCUGAAACAAUUUGGGUAGUUGGGCUAGGUUUUGUUUUAAUUUUGGGCCAUGUAUUGGACUAUUUUUUGUUUAUUUGGUUUGGGUUCUUUUUAGGCCAAAAUUGGCUAUUACAGACACAUUGCUUGGACAAUGGUAAUCCACACAAUCCCAAGUUACUGCCGUAGGAGUCAUUAUUAAAGGUAUUGAAUUGAUUCCCAUGAGGAAUUGGUCCAACAAGAUUGUUUUCUGAAAGAUUAAACACUUCAAGAAAUGUCAAAUUUGUCAUUUCAGAUGGAAUCCUACCGCCAAGCUUAUUUGAUGAAAGAUCUAACGAUUCAAGUGCUACCAAAUUUCCAAACGAUGCU